CAUUAAAAGCUUAAAUAUCAUAGGUGAAGCCUCCCUCUAAUGAACAACCGUUGAGAUUUAGAUAUUUAAAGGCCUGUAAAACAACAUUUGCACACAGCAAACGAAACUCGACGGAUGGAAAUGCGGACCCUCUUCAUUGGUCUGAGAUUCUUAGUCAUUUUACUGAAGCUGAUGUCACUGGUUCUCUUGGCUCAGUCUGUGAAUGUCCUGACACAGAGGACUGAGCCUGGAGUCAGCACUGAGGCUUCAUCCACCAGGUGUACUCUGCUGGGUACGCCUCGAUCACCUGCGUUCUCAGAGGAUGGGGACUUCAUCAUUGGAGGGGUUUCCUCCAUUCAUUACCAACUUUACACAGUGAUUUAUAAUUACACCACCAAGCCUGAGCCUCCGAGAUGCACAGGGAGCUUCAACGCCCGGGGGCUGCGCUUCUUCCGCACAAUGAUCUUUGCCAUUGAGGAGAUAAACAACAGCACAGAGCUGCUGCCCGGCAUCAAACUUGGAUAUCGUCUCUAUGAUUCCUGCGUGUCUGUUCCUGUCUCAGUUCACGUUGCUUUUCAGCUGGCAAACGGCCCGGAUCCUGUGGUUUAUAGAGGAGAAAACUGUUCUCAGUCUGGAGUGGUGGUGGCUGCUGUGGGAGACUCUGGAUCCACUCCAUCCAUCAGCAUGUCACGCAUCAUGGGGCCCUUCAACAUCCCUCUGGUGAGCCACUUUGCCACGUGUGCCUGCCUUUCAGACAAACAGCAGUUCCCGACUUUUUUCAGAACCAUUCCCAGCGACCAUUACCAAGCUGAUGCACUGGCCAAGCUGGUGAAACACUUUGGUUGGACUUGGAUAGGAGCCGUGCAUUCAGACUCAGACUAUGGAAAUAAUGGCAUGGCCUCUUUUCUUGAAGCUGCUCUCAGAGAGGGGAUCUGUGUGGAGUACAUUGAAUCCUUUUUUAGAACCAACCAGCAGAGCAAGAUCAGGAGAGUAGCAGAUGUUAUCCGUAGAUCCACAGCGGUGGUUGUGGUGGCAUUUACAGCCUCUGGUGAUAUGAAAGUCCUACUAGAGGAACUGGCUCGGGAUCCUCCUCCACCUCGUCAGUGGAUCGGGAGUGAGUCUUGGGUAACAGAUCCACUCUUGAUGAGCUUCAGUUUCUGUGCAGGAGCCAUCGGAGUUGCCAUCCAGCAAUCUGUCAUCCCAGGUCUGAGAGACUUCCUGCUGGAUCUCUCUCCCUCUGAAGUGGCUGCUUCCCCACUGCUUUCUGAGUUCUGGGAGGAUGCAUUCAACUGCAGCCUGACCACAACUGCUGAUCCAAACAGGAGAGGAUGUGACGGAACUGAAGAUAUUAAAACCCUAAAAAACCCGUACACUGAAACGUCUCAGUUAAGAGUUUCUAACAUGAUGUACAAGGCUGUUUAUGCAAUAGCUCAUGCUAUUCACAAUGCAGUGUGUCAGAUAACAAAUACAGCCACACACUGUGACAACCACAUCAAACUGGAGCCCAAACAGGUUUUUAUUGAAUUGAAGAAAGUGAACUUCUCCAAGAAUGGUUACCAUGUUUCGUUUGAUACUAAUGGAGACCCUGUGGCUUUUUAUGAGCUGGUAAACUGGCAGAAAAGUGAGAGUGGAGUUAUUGAACUGGUAACAGUGGGAUAUUAUGAUGCAUCACUGCCAAGAGGUCAGGAGUUUCAUAUCAAAAGGAACUUAACCUGGUUGGAAGGGAGAAAAGAAGUCCCAGUCUCCGUUUGCUCAGAGAGUUGUCCUCCAGGAACUCGUAAAGUGUUGCAGAAAGGAAAACCAAUCUGCUGCUAUGACUGUAUACCAUGUCCUGAAGGAGAGAUCAGUAAUAUGACAGAUUAUCUCGAGUGUUUCCCAUGUCCAGGAGAGUUCUGGCCAAAUGCAAACAGAGAUGCUUGUUUUCCCAAACUAGUGGAGUUUCUUUCCUAUAAUGAAGUCCUGUCAAUCAUCCUGGCUGUGUUUUCUGUUAGUGGAGCAUCUCUGGCCGUCAUUACGUCAUUAAUUUUCUUCCAUCACAGAACAACACCGAUUGUCAGAGCCAAUAACUCAGAGCUGAGCUUCCUGCUGCUCUUCUCUCUGACUCUGUGUUUCUUAUGUUCACUAACUUUCAUUGGAGCCCCCUCUGAGUGGUCCUGCAUGCUGCGGCACACAGCGUUUGGCAUCACAUUUGUUCUCUGUAUCUCCUGUGUUCUUGGGAAAACUAUGGUGGUUCUAAUGGCCUUUAAAGCUACACUUCCUGGUAGUAAUGCUAUGAAAUGGUUUGGUCCUCCACAACAAAGGAUGACCGUAGUGUCAAUCACCUUAGUUCAGGUUAUAAUAUGUAUCAUAUGGUUGGUUGUGAGUCCUCCCUUCCCAGUGAAAAAUCUGAGCACCUACAAGGAGAAGAUCAUCCUGGAAUGUGCGUUAGGCUCUGCUGUUGGUUUCUGGGCUGUGCUUGGCUACAUCGGCCUGCUGGCUGUGUUUUGCUUUGUGUUAGCUGUUCUAGCUCGGAAACUACCUGAUAAUUUCAACGAAGCCAAGAUGAUAACAUUCAGCAUGUUGAUAUUCUGUGCCGUCUGGAUCACCUUCAUCCCAGCUUAUGUCAGCUCUCCUGGAAAAUUUACUGUGGCUGUGGAGAUAUUUGCUAUUCUGGCCUCCAGCUUUGGACUGAUACUGUGUAUAUUUGCUCCAAAGUGUUUCAUCAUUUUGUUUCAACCAGAGAAGAACACCAAGAAAAUAUUUGAAAAGCAAUUGAUGAUAAAUUAUCUAAAGAAUAGCAGCAGAAUUACAGAAGAAGUGUAUUAUCAAUUGAAUUCCUAAACAUUCCAAAGUCCUUGCAGGUAUUUUAGAAAUUAGUAACUUGGAGGUAUAAUUUGGAAAUGUUUUCAAUGGAUCUCAGUAUCAAUGCAAUAAAUUUGUCACCUAAUUUUUUGUUUUUAGUUUCUCCAGACUUUAUGUGCCUAUUUUAUUGUGACGCAUUUUAUUAUGGUUAGAUUUUAGCAACUGUACAACUUCAUAUGUUAUCGUUGUGAUUAUUAUUGACCGGUGCAGAUGUAAGUUUUAUAAAAAUAUGUUUAUCACCUUUACCUAAAUAUUAUUGAUCUGAUCAAAUGUUGUUUUUUAUAUGCAUACAUGCAAUAACAAUUCUAUUUUGCCAAGAGAUUUCAAUCUUUAGAUGUGUUCCAAGUUAUCUAAUUCAGUCUGGCAGUGCUUACUAUUUUCCUCAGUGAUUUUGUGUUUUACUUUUGUAAUGUCAUGAGUAACUUAUAAAAGAAGACUCUCCAGAGUAAAGUCUCGCUCUAACUGGUCAGAUUUUUUUUUUCCACCCCCGCUGUGAACAUCUCUGUUACUGUCUGUUGUUCACUACCAUGAGAAACAUCUCUAUGCUCAGCAAUGGAGAACCUGGAAGUUGUGGCUUUUUUUUGGACUGAACAUAAUUUUGUCUUACAGAAAUUCAUUGCUGGCCAAACGUGAU